AAAAAAAAAAAAAAGAAAACUGAAGCUCCAAGAACAGGCUUGCCUAAUAACAGGGAACUUGUACACCUCAAAGUGGCAAUUCACACAGAAGGCUCCGUGACUCCCGUACUCUCACAAUUAUGAGGUGGUCUUUUUCAUAGUUUUUCUGAAGUUACUAGAAGUUUACAGAAAAGGAAGUGCAGGCACAUUUCACAAAUCUACAGUCUGUAAGUAUCACAUCCUGUAUAGCUGUAAACACUGGAAUAAGGAAGGGCUGAUGACUUUCAGAAGAUGAAGGUAAGUAGAAACCACUGAUGGGACUGAGAACCCAGAGUUAAAACCUCUUGGGAGCUUCUGAGGACUCAGCUGAAACCAACAGCCACAGUUGGCAACACCAUCAUGACAUCACAACCUGUUCCCAGUGAGACCAUGAUAGUGCUCCCAUCAAAUGUCAUCAACUUCUCCCAAGCAGAGAAACCCGAACCCACCAACCAGGGGCAGGAUAGCCUGAAGAAACGUCUACAGGCAGAAGUCAAAGUUAUUGGGACUAUCCAGAUCUUGUGUGGCGUGAUGGUGUUGAGCUUGGGAAUCAUGUUGGCAUCUGCUUCCUUCUCUCCAAAUUUUACCCAAGUGACUUCUACACUGUUGAACUCUGCUUACCCAUUCAUAGGACCCUUUUUUUUUAUCAUUUCUGGCUCUCUAUCAAUUGCCACAGAGAAAAAGUUAACCAAGCUUUUGGUGCAUAGCAGCCUGGUUGGAAGCAUUCUGAGUGCUCUCUCUGCCCUGGUGGGUUUCAUUAUCCUGUCUGUCGAACUGGCUGCCUUAAAUCCUGCUUCCCUGCAGUGUGAGUUGGACAAAAAUAAUAUACCAACCAGAAGUUACGUUUCUUACUAUUAUCACGAUUCACUUUAUACCAUGGACUGCUAUACAGUCAAAGCCAGUCUGGCUGGACCUCUGUCUCUGAUGCUGAUUUGCACUCUGCUGGAAUUCUGCCUAGCUGUGCUCACUGCUGUGCUGUGGUGGAAACAGGCUUACUCUGACUUCCCUGGGAGUGUGCUUUUCCUGCCUCACAGUUACAUCGAUAAUUCUGGUAUGUCCUCAAAGAUGACUCAUGGCCCUGGAUAUGAAGAACUAUUGACUUCUUAAGAAAAAAGGGAGAAAUAUUAAUCAGAAAGUUGAUUCUUAUGAUAAUACGGAAAAGUUAACCGUUAUAAAAAAGCAAAGCUUGAGUUUCCUAAAUGUAAGCCUUUAAAGUAAUGAACAUUAAAACCAAACAUUAUUUCACUGUCAUUUAAGAUAUGUGUUCAUUGGGGAAUCUCUUGAUUUGCCUGACAUUGACUUCAGCAAAAGCAAAGAGCUGUAAAUUACCAUUUACUAGACUAGCCAAAUAGUCUGAAUUUCCAGAAAACUAGGCAGAAUGAUCAUUCAAUGGAUCACAGUGAAGCAAAGGGCACAACCUUUUAUUUUACCCCUUAAUUGUCAACAGUCAACAGGAGUUAACUGACUUCUUGUGGUGCUCAGACUCUUUUAUACUGGUGCCAAUGUUUUAUCCCAUGGAUUUUACUCAUUAGUGUGUAAAGGCAAGCCCCAUACAAUGAAGUCUCAGGGUCCAUGAAAGUAGCUGGCUUCAAAAUAAAAUCUUUGAGUGCA